GUGGUGUAAAGGUGACAGUUAUGGCUGCCCUUUCGUUACGUCACGGUUGACGUCACCACUCAUCGCCCGUCUGUCUAAUCUACAGACGGUAGCCGGCUAUAUAGCCACAGCGUUCUUAUUUUCCACCCAGUUACUCAGUCAUUAUUGUAAACAUAGAUUUAUAGACUAUUUACGUUACGUUGUCAGUUAAUGUGGCACAAUGAUAGCAGUUUAGUUAAAAUCUAAAGUAUUCUGUAUACUAGGCAAACUAUUAAACUUAACAGUAGUUUUUCUAUUGAUACUUAUUGUUUGUUUAUUUGAAUAAAAUCCUCUGACAAUAUAACAUCAGCAGUUGACAGUCAUCAAUGUAUUACCUGUAAAUUUUAACAGUUUGUAUUAGGUUAAGUAAAGUCAGUUAUGUUAUCCUAACCUGAAGUUCAUUAUGUCUGAUUCUAUAUCGAAAGAUGUAUAUGCAAAAAUUCACAACUGGGAGUCUACAAAUGAUUCUUUAGCUCCCUUAAGUAAUUUUCAACGAAAUGUUAUCCUAGAUCUUUCUGAUGAAGUAUCAAGGCUUUUGUUGGAAGAGGAUGACUUCAGGCAACCAAUAACCAAUGAAUUAAAGAAGGAAGAUAGUGAUAAAGAUGCUUUGAACUUCAACAUAUUAGGCGACAGUGUGGCAUGUAUUGAAUCUACAAGCCAGUUUCUGCAAUGGUAUUCUAGUCUAGAAAAAGAGUGGGUAGAAGAUGAAGAUCUUGUAUAUACAAACUAUUGCAAACAGCUUGCGGAACGCAAAGAAGAAUGCUCCCAGCUCCUAACUCAGGUUGAAUCGUCUUUGAACCAUCUGAAUGAGUUGAACAAGGAAUAUCGACAAGUUACCAAUAGAACUAACUCACUUCACCAAGUUAGUGAACAGCUGUUGGCAGAUCAGAUGAAGCUGAGUGACAUCAACAAUGCAGUCAGCGAACGGCUACACCAGUUCAAAGUGCUGCAACUAAUAACUCGCCGACUAGAGUCCCCAGCACUGUCGGUCAACAGUUCAACUUUCACUCAGCUGCUUGAUCAGUUGGAUGAGGCCAUACAGUACAUGCAGUCUCAUCCAGACUAUAAAGAAGCAGGAGUGUACCUCGCCAGGUACCAACAUUGCCUGUCUCGGGCUGUCAGUCUACUUCGCAACUUUGUGACUAGCGUGUUGACACAGGCCACUCAGCAGACAGCUAGCUACCCCAGUAGUGAUGCCAGCCACUAUGCUCGUUUUCAAGCGUCUGCCCUAAAACUCAAACCUAUUCUUCAGUUGGUUGAAAACCGCAGUUCAAAGUUUCCUGAGUAUGAGAAUUUGCUGAGUGACUGUCAGCAACUGUAUCUGGCCCAGAGGGAGAGUCUAAUCAGCGAGAGUGUGCUUACAACAGUACGAGGGCUGGCAGCCAAUAUGUCUGGAGACCACUGCUCCCUCACACGUUCAGCAUGUGCCUUCUUGAUCCAUGUGUCACAGGACGAGCUGCGGUUGUAUCACCAGUUCUUCUCCUUCCCGUCGCCACUCUUCACAUCAUAUUUAGAAGGCUUGUGCAUCAGUUUGUACGAUACAUUGCGACCACUUGUGAUUCACAUGAAACAUCUGGAAACUUUGGCUGAACAAUGCUCGAUACUUCGCCAUGAGAUGAUACAAGAGCAAGUUCAAAACAACCCUGCUGCUCUUGAAGCAUUUGGACGAGUGGCUGAACAGCUGCUGCAAGAUGUGCAAGAGAGAUUGGUGUUCCGAGCACAUCUCUACCUCAAGACUGACAUUGCCGACUACAAUCCCUCCCCAGGAGACCUAGCAUAUCCUGAGAAACUGGAGAUGAUGGAGAGUAUAGCGCAAUCGCUCCAUGAGCAGGAGAUGGCAGCUCUGAGCAGGAGUGAAUCUCGAGCCUCUCUUGUCUCUAUGGGCUCUACCACAUCGCAGGAGAUCGCCCGGAUCACCACCAAUCAGAGACACUUACCAACAAGCUCGCCAGGAGAUCUGCAUGGCAUGUGGUAUCCUCCAGUCAGACGGACUUUGGUCUGUUUGUCCAGACUGUACCGGUGCAUAGAGCGGCCCAUCUUCCAAGGGCUGUCACAAGAGGCUCUUACCAUGUGCAUUCAGAGCAUAAACAAUGCAGCCGACACUAUCAAAACCAAUAAGACUUCUUUAGAUGGAGAAUUAUUUCAAAUUAAACAUCUUCUGAUUCUCAGAGAACAAAUUGCUCCAUUUCAGGUGGAUUUUACUGUCAAAGAAAUGAGCUUUGAUUUUAGUAAAGUGAAAACAGCAGCUUUUGAACUUCUACAAAAAAGAAGCCGCCUCUUUUCCAGCAAUGCUUUGUUACAAUUCUUGCUGGAAGGGUCACCCAUAGUGAAGGAACAAUGGCUGGACUCCCGUAAAGAUGUAGACCGUCAGCUUAAAACAUCUUGUGAAGUAUUUAUCGCUGAUGCUACAAACUCUAUUAUUGGGCCUCUGACAGCUUUUCUGGAUAAGGUAACAGUACAGUUUUAUGUAAAAUAUUCAGUUAAUAAUACACUAUGGAGAAAGUAUUCGUUUUAUGUGCUGAUGUCUCCACAAUAAACUUAACCUUUGUCCUGGUGAAGUAUCAGUGGA